ACGGCCUCCGCAGGCGACUGGCAAGCCCUAUGGUCGCCCGUGCACAACGCCUACUACUUCUACAACUCCAAGACCCAGGAGACGACGUGGACGAACCCUCUCGAAGCAUCUUCCUCCGCUUCUCCUGUCGCAUCUUCGUCUUCUGACCCACAGGCCUUCACGUCCACGGCCGGGGCGCUCCAGGCAGCUGCGGCGGCGCAGGGUAUCGAUCCCUCGUUGGCGUACUUGGACCCGUCGCUCGUCGCGGGCACGUCCUCCACCCCUCAAGCCUUCACGUACACGGCGAAGUUCAACGCGCGUACGGGUGCUUUUGCGCGUCCGGACGGGCGCGAUCCCUCACAUGUGUCCGAGUAUGAGCGUGCACGGCGCAUGAGCGAGGCUUACUUUGACGUUGGAGAGUGGGAAGAGGAGGUUGAACAGCGUAAGGCGCAGGAAGAGGCUGAGGGAAAGAAAAAGAAGAAGCCGACGAAGAAAGACUUGGAGAGAUUCAAAGAGCAAAAACGGCUGAAGAAGAUUGCGAAGACGGCGUGGCUUCGUACUUAG